CCACGUGUGCGUAAAAUGUCUUGUUUGCCGAACACAACAAAGGCUGGAUUCUGCUUUUAGUCACAAGUGGCUUUUGAAACAUGCUCCCCCCGUGUUGCGUCGCACUCGUCACCUGCCGUGAUGCGUUUUCCUCCGCACCUGUUUGCCGUCACGCCCGCGUGUCCAGCGGCAGCAGCAGUUGUCCCUCACGCACCGCGAUGAACGUGACGGAGGCUGAGAGCCAAUAAAAGAGCUUCCCUGAGGCUGCGGGGCAGAUGAAAGCGGAGCCGAGAGCCACUUAAAACAGCAGAUCCCGAUGGAAACCCCUGGCCGAGCAGCAGAGGAUUAUGGGACUCCGUUGACCCGCUCCAUCUGUUGCCAGUGACAGCGGAGGCAGCGUUUGGCUGCAACUUCAAAUGGCCGGGAGAUAAAACAACGUUUUGGAGGCCACUUAUCCUGCAGUGUGUUUAAGUGCAUGCAACGUUCAAUUAGGUGGCGCGUUAUUGCAGCCUUUCCUUCGGUGGCGGUGGAACGCACGCUCACCCUGCAUCCGUGUGCAACAGGGGAAAAACCUGCAGCAGAAGUCACACGCAGCCGAUGUGGAGCAGCAGCUGCUCGUAGCUCACGCUUCCAGCUGAUCCAGCUUUUUAAAUGUAUGGGAACGUUCCAGCGUCGGGUCUGGACCUCAUGAUGGAGCUCAUGAUGGAUGGGACGGUUGGAAGAUCAGAAAAUGUGCCGAUAGCAGUGAGUUCUUCUCAAAUUAGGAUGGGCCCAAGCCUCCUCCCGCCACUACUCCAGCCGCCUGGAGAAAACCUACGGCCGCUCCGUCACGGACUCCCAGUGCCAACACAUGCUGAAGCACCUCCACAACGGGGCCCGCAUCACGGUGCAGAUGCCUCCCAUCAUAGAGGGCCACUGGGUCUCCACCAGCUGUGAGGUGCGGCCCGGCCCGGAGUUCCUGACGCGCUCCUACCGCUUCUACCCCAACAACACCUUCCACGCUCACCAGUUCUACUACGAGGACAACCACUGCACCCGGCCCACCUACACGCUGCUGGUCCGGGGCCGCCUGCGCCUGCGCCAGGCCUCCUGGAUCAUCCGCGGCGGCACCGAGGCCGAGUACCACCUGCACCGGGUCCACGUGGCGUGCCACACGGCCGCCGUGGCCAAGGAGCUGGGCCGGCGGCUCCACGGCAGCUGCCGGGCGGCGGCGCGGGGCGGCUGGGAGCCCGGCGUGCCCUACGAGCUGUGGAGCGAGGAGGGCGGCUACAACUGCUCCAGGGAGCUCAACUUCGCCAUGCACGAGCUGCAGCUGCUGCGGGUGGAGAAGCAGUACCUGCACCACAACCUGGACCACCUGGUGGAGGAGCUGUUCCUGGGCGACAUCCACACCGAGCCGUCGCAGAGGCUCUACUACAAGCCGUCCAGCUACCAGACGGCCCUGCAGAACGCCAAGAACCACGACCACGGCUGCAUCGUCUGUCGCAUCAUCUACCGCUCGGACGAGUUCCACCCGCCCAUCCUGCCGCCGCGGGCCGACCUGACGGUGGGGCUGUACGGCCAGUGGGUGAGCCAGCGCUGCGAGGUGCGCCCGGAGGCCCUCUUCCUCACGCGCCACUUCGUCUUCCACGACAACAACCACACGUGGGAGGGCCAUUACUACCACUACUCGGACCCCGUCUGCAAACACCCCACCUUCACCAUCUACGCCCGCGGGCGCUACAGCCGCGGGCUGCACUCCACGCGCGUCAUGGGCGGGACCGACUUCGUGUUUAAAGUCAACCACAUGACGGUGACGCCCAUGGACCUGGCCACCACCUCGCUGCUCAACGUCUUCAACGGGAACGAGUGCGGCGCCCAGGGCUCCUGGCAGGUGGGGGUGGAGCAGGACGUCACCGUGACCAACGGCUGCGUGGCGCUCGGCAUCCGGCUGCCGCACACGGAGUACGAGCUCUUCCGCAUGGAGCAGGACGCCCGCGGCCGCUACCUGCUCUACAACGGCCAGCGCCCCAGCGACGGCUCCAGCCCCGACCGGCCGGAGAAGCGGGCCACCUCCUACCAGAUGCCCCUGGUCCAGUGCUCGUCCAGCGGGCAGGCGUCGGACUUCAGCCAGGGCGCCGACAGCCACUCGCCGCCCCACAACGGCUGCACGGGAGGAGUCAGCCAGAAACACAUGGUGGCGGUCACAGCUCUGCUGCUCCUCUGGCAGCGUUAAACCCCAAACAAAGACCUGCACAUUUGCAGAGCAGACAAUGAGACUGUUGAACCAGCAAAAGUAGUAGAGGAUGUAAACUGGUGCUCGUGAUCCUCUGAACUCCUUCAUCUGCCAAAGACUCGACACCACUGCACCAUAGAAACUGCACUUUACAGUGGGACCAAAGGUCGACCUGCCGGUUUCCACAAACACGAAACGAUGUCUAUAUCCACACGAACCUGAGAGGCUGACUUUGUUUUUACUGUAUUUUAGCUGCAACUAUAAACGUAUGUACUGCAAAAAGACUAUUUGAUAUGUAGACCCUCUGACAAUAGGUUCCCAAGGAGAAGAUGCUUGUGAGCCACUGUAGAGUAAAAGGGAACGGCACUACCUGAACAGACCCAUUUGUUUAACAAGAGUCUGAACUGAGAUAAUUGUUGCUCUGGAUGUGACGAAAGACUGAUCUGAAGGAAAUAUUUGUCACUGACCAGAAAGCAGCCGUUUCUGUGAGAAACAUGGAAGAGUUGGAAACUGUACCUGUAAAGUGUUUGUAUAGCGUAAACUGCAAUACCCAUCUAUAAUAGAGACAUACACAAACUAAGACAUGUUUACUUUCAGCUGGAUAAUGUGGCCAAGCGCAGGACAACAAUGCAUAUAUCCAAUUAUUGUUUCAUACCGAUUUAGUUUUUACAGAUUUGUUCCUAAAUCUAAUCAUCAGAAAUUUGAGAAUUUCAGAAAAACUUUUAGCCUUCCCUCAAUUUUGAUUAGUUAUCAAAUUCAUUAAAACGUAAGUAAUUUAUGGUAAAUUACAAGGCAGUCUAAGAAAUCACUUAGAACAAGUACAGCAGCUAUAAAUGUGGAGGAAAUUAGUAAAAAACUGCAACAAUUAUCUGCUGUAAAACAAAUUGACAUCUAUUACCAGUAAUGUAAUAUAGGAUUACUUUAGCUUUUCCUUUUCCAUUUACACUUUGUCUCUAGUAUAAAAGUUAUUUCAAGCACAGGGUCAUAGAGCAAAACAGAGAUCACUGAACUCAUUUUUUAAAGUACUGGAUUUGAUUAAGUUGUCCCAAUUAACACUUGCUCAACAAAUAAACCAGAGUGCUUCCAAGUCUAACACGCCCUGUUGUCUAUUCUGAACAAUUAAAUGAGACAUGUUCGAAGGCU